GCCAUCUGCAGUCAUUUCCAAGGCUCUGCAGAGGCCCGGCGGCUGCUCACCCAGCUGCAGCGGCAGUGUGGCCUCCCAGAGCACCAGCCCUUUGGGGAGCUCGCAGCCAACUGGGUCUCCGACUACCACCUGAUGGAGUGGCUGGUGGAGCAGCAGCGACCGCUGCAAGAAUAUGAGGAGAAGCACCAGCUGGGUAAGGCCGGGAUGGCCCUGUCGGCCAUGUUCUGGAGCCUGACAAACAGCCUGCUCACCCUCCUGCAGCCCUUCCAGCUGACGAUCCGGGAGGCGAGUGCGGCACGGGCUGCUUUAAGUGAGGUGCUGCCUCAGCUGCGCUACCUGUACAUCUUCCUAGAGCAGGUUCCCGGGCACUUCGGGGAGCAGGGAGGCAAGGAGAUGGGCGCAGCCGUCCGGCUGGCUGAAGGCUUGGCCCUGCAGCUCUCCACAGACUGCCAGCUGAAUGAGCUCUUCCACCGCGAGGAGCUGGUGCUGGCCACCCUGCUGGACCCCCGCUUCAAGGGGAAGAUUGAGGCCAUCUUGCCUGCGGGGGCUGACAUUGACCACUGGAAGCAGGUUCUUGUGUACAAGGUGAAAGAGAUUAUGGUGUCUGAAUGCCCCCUGCCCGCUUCACUCUCCCUGCAGAGUCCCAAGGCUGUGUGUGUGAACGCCACCUCAAGGGGCAGCAUUGCCAGGAGCCUCAGGGCUGAGGGCCAGGGCCAGAAGGAGCCUGGGCAGCAAAGCAGCAGCUCUGGGUCUUUGCUGCUGGCCCAGAGGGAGAAGAGCUUGCUGGAGCAGCUGGAACAUGUGGGGCUGCUGGCAUCCAGGGAGAGUGGAGCCUCGCUCUUCACUGAGAACCACUUGGCCAGCAUUGUUGUGAAGAAGUACCUGCAUGAGAAUGAGACGAUUGGUGCCCAGGAGGACCCUCUGACCUACUGGGAGAAAAGGCAGGAGGUCUGGCCGGCCCUGGCAAAACUGGCCACUGUCUAUCUGACCUGCCCUGCCACGGGAGCCUCGUCUAGACGUGUCUUUGCCUCCCUGGGCAGCCCUGCCCUUGUGGGGCACAACUCCCCUCUCCCAGUGGAGACAGUUGAGCAUCUCCUUUUCUUGAAGACCAACCUGGAGAAUUUCCCCAACUACACGCGCCCCCCCCUGGUCUUCCCUAGUGGAGACCUGGCCGAGGGAGAGCAGAGCAGUGAGUCUGACCUCAUGGUCCACGGCCCUCAAAAUCUGCCUGUAGGGACUCGGCAGUAGAUAAGAGGAGCGCACAGAGUGGUUAUCCUAGGGCAUUAGAUAGGGACAGCCAGAAUCUUUAAACCGGUCUGGAAAGGGACAAUUUCUCAAUUCUUGACAGAUUACCUUUUUUUUUUUUCAGAGAGGUGUCAUUUUUCAUCUGCUGAGUGUUUAAUCUAUUUUUAGUGGUUUUUGCACAAAACAGAUUUCCUUGACUCAUAAGUGACCAUGAGUUGUACAAUGCAGUUUUAUAAACCGCACUGCUCUGAAAUAUUGGCGGGUCUUCAGGGCUCUACCCGCAGCUCGCCCAUGUGUGUCAAGUGAGGCAUACCCUUAAAAGGGCUGCUUCUUAAAAAGUGGCCAGAGACUAGAGGAGGCCUCGGCAGCUGGGAAGUCUGCUCAGCCGCCCAGAGCCUGGUAAGCCGUGGGAGAUCCUUCUGAGAUUGUUUGAGGAGGGAGAGGCAUGCACACGCAUGUGCACGUGCCCGUCGGCUCCGGGUCUCUACUUCUCGGGUCCCAGAGCGGCUGAGGCCCCUGGCUGGUGGGACUGCCCAGCCAGUGAAGGAGACUGACUGGAGGAGACCUGAGACGGCUGGUCCUCAGAAAGCUCUCUCCUGUGGUUUGUUUCCAGGCCACUGAGAACCUGAGGGCUUCUUUCUACAGAGAAGGCAGUGUCAGGCCCGCCAGGCUCUGGGGGGCUGAGCUUCUGUCCCACCCACAGUGCCAGUGCCUCUCUUUGUCCCUGGCUCCUUUUAAAGGGCAACCCCUACCUUGAAGCAAGAAAGACCCACUAGUAGCAGAUUGCCCAGAAUUUCCGUAGAGCAGAGAGCAGGACCUGAGCACAUGGGGUCCAGGAGCUGCGGGAACCGGGUGGGAGCGGAAGGGAGAGGAGUGCUGGGGGCAGGCCUGUCAGCCCCCACAGCCCAGCUCUCCUGAGCUGCCAGCGCGCUGGGAGAGGGGCUCUGGGGAGGUGGGGAGAGGGAGGGUGAGGCAUCCGAGGCCUGACUUAGACUUUGGCCCUGGCCGUGGGGAUGAGCUUGGGACACCUGUCCACCUGCCUCCCGUGGAGGGGUUGGCCGUCGUGUGCACACUAUGGCUAAUUGACUAUAGGGCAUUUGUAAGUUACUGAGAAUAUAAGGAAGCAGGAAGAAUGAACCAUAUCCUUCCAUUCAGAGCCUCUGUUAGUACUUUGACACAUUUCCUUUUUCUGCCUUGAAACCAUGCCCUCUGUGCUACUUAAUAUGCUGUGUUUCUGUCUUAGCUACUAUAAUAGUGGUGUUUUCUCAAAUAAAGCUUUCAUAAAGAUCAUA